UCAGUCCCUGCCCACAGGAGAGAAGCCAUGGCUGCUGUGUUCCUGCCUGGAAACCUUCAGGAUGAAGCCACCUGCUCCGUCUGCCUGGAAUUCUUCAAGGACCCUGUGUCCAUCGAGUGUGGCCACAACUUCUGCCGCUCCUGCAUCGUGAAGAGCUGGAAAGACUUGGAGAUGGAUUUCCCCUGCCCACAAUGCAGGGAAGUUUUCCAACAGAAGAGCUUCCGACCCAACCGGCAGUUGGCAAACAUGUCGGAGAUCAUCAGCCAGUUCACCCAACGCGGGGCCAAAGGGGUUGAGGAGGACCAGGAUGGACUUUGUGCCAAGCACCGUGAAGCUCUCAAGCUCUACUGCAAGGACGACCGGAGAACCAUCUGCGUGGUGUGUGACAGGUCCCGCGAGCACCGACCCCACGCCGUGGUGCCUGUGGAUGAAGCUUCUGAGGAGUACAAGGAGAAAAUCCAGGGCCGCUUGGAUUUCCUGAAGAAGGAGAGGCAAGAGCUGCUGGAGUUCAAAGUGAACGAUGAUAAGAAGACCCAGGAGCUCCUGAAAAUCAUCGAGACCGAGCGGCAGAAGCUUCUCUCGGAGUUCGAGCGGCUACGGCAGUUCCUCCACGACCAGGAGAACAUCCUGCUGGGGCAGCUGGAAAAGAUGGAGAAGAACAUUGCCAAGAGGCAGAACGACAACAUCACCGACCUCUCCAAGGAGAUCACGCUCCUCAACAAACUCAUCACUGAGCUGGAGGAGAAAAUCCAGCAGCCCAUGCUGGAGUUCCUCAAGGAUGUGAUGAGCAUCAUAAGCAGAAGUGAUGAUGUGAAGUGCCAGAAACCUGUGCCUGUCUGCACGGACAUGAAAAUGCAUGUCUGCAACUUCUCCCUCAAGACUGUCAUCCUGGAGAAAGUCCUCAAGAAGUUCAGAGAGCAUCUACAAGACGAACUGGGAAGAGGUGAAAAAGAGGACCUGACCUUGGACCCCGACUCGGCCAACCACCUCCUGAUCCUGUCCGCAGACCUCAAGAGCGUCAGGAUGGGCUGUAGGAAGCAGGAACUGCCCGACAACCCCAAGCGCUUCGACACCAACUCGCGGGUCUUGGCCACCACGGGCUUCAAGUCGGGGAGACACUACUGGGAGGUGGAGGUGGGACCUUCUGACGGUUGGGCCUUCGGCGUGGCCAAGGAGUCCAUCCGGAGGAAGGGCCUGACGCAGUUCUCACCCGAGGAAGGGAUCUGGGCCGUGCAGCAGAACGGGGGCAGGUACUGGGCCGUCACCUCGCCCCAGCGCACGCCCCUGAGCCUCAGCCAGAAGCUCAGUAGGGUCAGGGUCUACCUGGAUUAUGAAGGAGAAGAAGUUUCCUUCUACAACGCCGACAACAUGCAGCACAUCUUCACCUUCAACGUUGCCUUCCAGGAGAAGGUGUUUCCCCUCUUUUCUGUCUGUUCCACUGUCACCUACAUCAAACUGUGCCCCUGA